AAUACAAAACCCCACAGUUCCCGCAAGAACUUGACGCACCCCAAAUGAAGGCAAACACACACUAGCAUCCAUAAAAACCAUGAAUCCAAGAUAAAGAAACAGUUCUUGUUCUUGAUCUUUGUUCUUGUUCAUACCCUAAAUUAAGUCUUUAGAGUUCUUUCUUUUUAUACUCCUAGCUAGGGCUUGGAGUUUUGAUCAGUCUUUAGUUUCUUCAUUAUUUAAUACUUACUAUAGCCCCCGGUCAAUCUCCUUGUAGUAUUUGUAUUGUAUGCGAUAGAUAGAUAGACUGAUAUUGAGAUCAAUCUCCAAUGGAAAACACCUCUGAUUCUGAUUCUCAGGCGGUUCCUGAUUCUUCUUUGCCGCUUCCUUCUGAGCCACCUGAUAUAAGAAACUGGUUUCCUAGUUACCAGUAUGAAUCUUUUGUUUUGGAUACUUAUGAUGUUUUUGGAGGUCCUAUUCUUAAGGAAACUGACUUUGAGUGUACGAGAGAUGGGUGUCUUUGCCUUGAAGAGGGAAAUAAAGGUAAGGAAACAAUUUCUUGCGACGCCACAAGAAUCGGUAACAACAGCAGUGAUGAGAAUCAGCAUGAAGAUCAGUCUUUUAAUAAGAUGCCCGAUUCUUUGUGCUCAUUGUCUCUCCUCUCUGAGCCUCCUGACAUCAGAAACUGGUUUCCGAGCUAUGAGUACGAAUCUCCUGUUCUGGAUACAGCGGAAUAUUUUAUCGAAUCUGUUAUUAAAGAAAGUGAAGGUGAGAAGGAUGGAUUUGCUAUUGAAGAGAGUAAGAAUAGAAGAGAAGAAAAUGCUGGGGAUUUGAGCAACUCUGGAAACAACAAUGAAGUACGUGCUAAUGAGAAGCCAUCCUCAAAUGGGUCCAUUACGUGUAAGAGUUCAUUUGGAGAUGUGUGUGACAACAAGCCUUUAAGUAAGGUUCCAGAUUCUUCUCAAUCAUCCUCAUUCCUUUCUGAGCCACCUGACAUAAGGAACUGGUUCCCCAGCUACGUGUAUGAAUCUCCUGUACUGGUUGAAAGCGUUGGAUUUCUUCAUGACAAAACUGAACGCGAGGGAGAUGAUUUUGCUAAUCAAGACAGCAAGAGAGAUAAAACGACGAAUUCAUGGAAAUUAGGACAAUACAGAAGUUCAGAUGAAAUUGAACACUCAAAUGGAUUUUUGAAGUUCAAUAGCUCCUUAGGAGAACAUAAACAGGAAAAAUUCUUGAAUAAGGUUUCUCCCUCUCAGGACUCUUGGGAUGUAGAGAAAGAGGGCUCAUCUAUUCUGGAUAAUCUGCACCAUGAAGGGGAGCUUAGCAUGGAAGAUAAAUCAGUUCUGAGCCAUGCUAUUGUUCCAACCAAAGAUGUUGAGAAACCAAGCUCGAGGUUAGAAGUGCCUCCAUUUAAACAGCCACAGAUGCAAAAUCUAGUGCAAGAAGUUGGUUUUAUGUCAGUCACGAGUAAUGUGAGAUCAAGCGAUAAAUCUGCAACAAAGUUGAACUGCAGGAAGGAUUCCGCAGAAAACUUGGUUAAAGCUCAAACAGAAAUUGAUCUUGUAUCACCUCGGGGCAAUGUGAACUUUGUUCGAGGUGCCGGAGUUUUUUCAAUGAGUCAGUCAACCCAUGGAAGGAGCAAUAACAAAGAAAAUGAAGGAAAAGAAGCUCAACGAAAUGGUUUUGUUACAACAAGGAAGAGUAGAAUUGCGAAACCAAAUGCUGAAAAUUCUUUGGACAUGCAUAGGCAACAACUGAUUUUGUUGGAAUGUCCAAAAGAUAGAGGGAUGACUUCAAGAGAUGGUGAAAAGGAUGCCGCUGUAAAAAGAAAGGUGCUAUCAGAAGUAUCUAAUCUUGAACACCCUGAUGUGAUUGGAGUCACUGGAAAAUGGAAGUGUCCUCAGAAGAGUAAGCCAAAUUUUGGACCUCCUAUGAAGCAGCUUCGACUUGAACGAUGGGUUCAUAGGCUAUAACAGCUUUAAGUUGAAAACCCUGUAGAGGACUUGUAAUUGGAUGAUACACGAUGACCUGGGCCAGGCCGAGUUUAUAACUUUGUCAACAACUUCGAUUUGUUUUUUUUUUUUUCACCUCUUUUUUCUUAACUACCGAAUCUCGAUUAGUGUAUCAUUUUGAGCCCAAAGUGUCAGACCCUCACCUACAUAAGGCCUAUGACGGUCGGACUACAGUCAUAGUCGGCGGGGCAAGUUUUCAGCUUUAAGCCAAUUGAGUAUAAUCACGUGUAAAGAGUGAUUCAAUCAUUAUUCUCCAAUGUCCACAACCACGUACCAAACCCUAAAAAUAGCCUUCACAAAAAGAGCAGCUCGCUGUUUACCAAAAACAGUCGAUAGUAGUGUAUAUGGUUAUGGUAUAUAUAUCCAUCGGAAGCCAGCUCUCCCUCCUACCAAAAGAACCCAGAUCGCUGAAUUGAUCGAAGAUUCGUCCAUUGCAGAGUAGAAGUCGAGCUCAAACACAAAUUCGAUCUUGCUUAACAAGGUACCGGCAAAGUCAGAUCGAAUUUGGGCUUGAGAUUGUCUUCUUCGUUGCAUUCUAACUUGUGUUGUUUGUUUAACUGGUCAUUGUUUGGAACUUUGGAUGGUCCAUAGAAGUGAAAGAAUUAGUUAUGUUCUUCAUUGAUAAAGCAGUAGAGAUUUGAGUUUGGUUUGGUCGUGUAUCUAGUUGUGUUUCAAUUUAUUUGUUUAAUUGGUCUA